GUUUGUCUAGACAUUAUAGGUGAUAAUUCCAACUAUUUGUCGAACUGUCGCUGUUCGUGUGGCGUUCUAGCUGCUGAUGUUGAGGGAGUUAAAUUAGGUAUUACUACUCUAUCUAACAGAAUCGAUUCGAUUGCAAAUGCUAAUACCGAAUAUUCGCAUAAAGAUAAAGAAAUUGAUCAUCUUCGGAGUGAACUUUCAAUUGAGAAGGCGAGAUCUGAAAAGCUUGAAUCUGAGUUGAGUUUAUUUGUGAAAGAACGAUCCCUUGAAAUUGAAAAGUUGAAUCUGACCAUUGUUUCCCUAAAGAAUAAAAAUGCAUCUACAUUUGCUGCUCCGAUGAACAAUAACAAUAAGAUUAAUAAAAACACUCUUAUGAACAAAAACAACAGAAAUGGACACCGAAACAAUGGUCAUCAUAACAACAAUGAGUUAAAUUAA